UCCAGCCCACCUCCAGGGCCCCAAGGAGGGGAGGGGCUGUGAUCUCUGGUUUGGAAGGGGCUGUGCUGUGAGCUAUAAAGGGGGCAUCCCUUAGACCCCGGAUUCUAGCAACGGGACACAAGGCCAGAAGAAACUACAACAUGUAUCAUCCACGAGAGUUGUACCCCUCCCUGGGGACUGGCUACCGUCUGGGACACCCCCAGCCUGGGGCAGACUCCACCUUCCCACCUGCCCUGACAGAGGGUUACCGCUACCCUGAUUUGGAUACUUCUAAACUGGAUUGCUUCCUCUCUGGGAUUGAGGCAGCUCCCCACACUCUGGCUGCAGCCGCUCCUUUGCCCCUUCUCCCGUCUGCUCUGGGCCCCGAGACAGCACCGCCACCCCCAGAGGCCCUUCACUCGCUUCCUGGGGUCAGCCUGAGCUUGGAGAACCAGGAACUGUGGAAGGAAUUCAGCGCUGUGGGCACAGAGAUGAUCAUCACCAAGGCUGGCAGGCGCAUGUUCCCUGCUUGCCGAGUAUCAGUCACUGGCCUGGACCCAGAGGCCCGCUACUUGUUUCUUCUGGAUGUGGUUCCAGUGGAUGGGGCCCGAUACCGCUGGCAGGGCCAGCACUGGGAGCCCAGUGGCAAGGCUGAGCCCCGCCUACCCGACCGUGUCUACAUUCACCCUGACUCUCCUGCCACUGGUGCCCACUGGAUGCGGCAGCCCGUAUCCUUCCAUCGUGUUAAGCUCACCAACAGCACACUGGACCCCCAUGGCCACCUGAUCUUGCACUCGAUGCACAAGUACCAGCCUCGCAUCCACCUGGUGAGAGCCACCCAACUAUGCAGCCAACACUGGGGGGGUGUGGCCUCCUUCCGAUUUCCUGAGACCACAUUCAUCUCUGUGACAGCCUACCAGAACCCUAGGAUCACACAGCUGAAGAUCGCAGCCAAUCCCUUUGCCAAAGGUUUCCGAGAAAAUGGCAGAAACUGUAAGAGGGAGCGGGAUGCCCGUGUGAAGAGGAAACUUCGGGGCCCAGAGCCAGUGGCCACAGAGGCCUGUGGGAGUGGGGAUACACCAGGGGGUCCCUGUGACUCCACCCUGGGUGGGGACAUUCGGGACUCAGAUCCAGAGCAGGCCCCAACCCCCCGGGAAGCUACUUCUGCCUCAGCUCCUCCAUGUGGGGGCCCCAGUGCCGAGGCCUACCUCCUACACCCUGCCGCUUUUCAUGGCGCCCCCAGUCACCUACCAGCCAGGACCCCCAGCUUCGCUGAGGCUCCAGACCCUGGGCGCCCAGCCCCCUACUCAGCUGCAUUUCUGGACUUACAGCCUGGACCAGGGGGCUCUGCCUAUCAGGCGGCUCCGUCUGUACCAUCCUUUGCCCCACACUUCAUCCAAGGGGGUCCCUUUCCUCUACCGUACCCAGGACCUGGAGGUUAUCUGGACAUGGGAUCCAAGCCAAUGUACUGAGCCUCGAUGUAGUAACCCUAUGCCAUCUUCCCUUGAUCCUCCAGCUCCCUCCCCCCAGCCUGGUAGCAUCCACAUUGAAGUGGUACCUCCCUCCCCCCCACCAAAUGGCUGGCUUGGGCCUCUCUUCUACCCUUUAGUUCACACCUUGAUUUCA